AUGUCAACACCAACCGCCGCUCCCUCCCAGCCGCUCGUGUGGUCACCCACUCCCGACGAGAUUCAGCAGACAUCGCUCGACAAGUUUCGUCGUCUGGUUAACGCUCGUUACCAUCUCAACUUGAACACUUACCACGAGUUACAUGAUUUCUCGGUCAACCGCUUGGAGGAUUUUUGGACCUCUGUGUGGGACUUUGUGGGUGUGCGUGUUUCGACUCGCUUUGAACGCAUCCUCUCGGAUCCGAAUGCUCUUCCAGGUGAUUUGCCCGAAUGGUUUCCAGGAGCAUCGUUCAGCAUGGCGCAAAACAUUUUGUUCCCGCUUCACCCUUCCAACACGACGUUUUGCUCACCCAGAGCUCCGUACCACUGGCCGCAUGCUCAAGCUGUAGCCCUGAUCGAGGUGCCGGAAGGCGGAGGUCUUGCUGACUCGGAUGUCAAUGCGCAAGCUGUCAAGGUGACGUGGGGAGAGUUGAGAAGGAGGGUGGCUUUGCUCGCCGAGACUUUCAGGAGAAUCGGGGUAAAGAAGGGGGACAGACUGGCACAUGUCUCUGCCAACACGUCGUCGCCCAUCGUUGCAACGCUGGCGGCGAACAGUGUGGGUGCCAUCUACUCGCUCAUCGCUACUGAUGCUGGUCCACAGGCAAUCUAUGGCCGACUAGCGCAGAUUCGACCCAAGCUGCUGUUUACAGACGAUGCAGUGCUGUACAACGGCAAGCAGGUGGAUAUCCUCGACCGUGUCGCGCAGGUAGCUGAACGCCUACAGGCAGAUGGCAAGAUCGAUUCGCCCCUCCACUUUCAAGUCGUCAUCAUCCGCAACACUCGCUUGCCCAAAGCCAGUCCCGCUUGGACCUCGACCAAGGUGCGUGGUCUCGAGAUGCACGAUUUCGUCCAACAAACUGGUCUCAGCAUGGCCGAUUCGCUCUCUCACCACUUCGAGCAGCUCCCCGCCCAACACCCCGUUCAGAUCUUCUUCUCCUCCGGCACCACUGGCGAACCUAAAUGCAUCAUCCACACACAGUGUCUCCUCCUCAACAUGAAAAAGGAAGCGCUGCUCAUGCUUGAUCUCAAACCUGCCGAUACUUUUCUCCAGAUCACUUCGUGCGGCUGGAUCAUGUGGAUCUAUCACCUCGUCGCACUUUCCAUCGGCAGCACCGCUGUACUCUAUGACGGAUCACCCAUGUUUCCCAACCCUCAACACGUGGUCAAGGUUGUAUCGCACCUCAAGUGUUCUGGCUACGGUGCAAGUCCGAGAUUCCUCAGCGAACUCGAAAAGUAUUGCCGCGUAAACAAGUUCAGCAUUGCUCAACAGUUGGAGUUGGGCAGGUUUAGGAUGAUGACGAGCACGGGCUCGCCGUUGUCGGCGAAAAAUGUCGAGUUCUUCUAUCAACAGUUUCCCAAGAGGGCACACCUGUGCAGUAUUUCGGGAGGCACCGAUAUGGCGGGUGUGUUGGUGGGUCCGACCAAGUUGCUGCCGUUGUACGGCAACUUUAUCCAGUGCAAGGCGCUUGGAUUCGAUAUCCAGGUGUGGGAUGCCGAGUCGGGUCAGAGGAUCGAUGAUACGGGGAAACCGGGCGAGUUGAUCGUUGCGAAACCGUUCCCAACGCAGCCGAGUGGAUUCUUUGGACCAGCCGACCAAAAGCAAGCGCUGUACGAAAAGUACAUGGACUCGUACUACAAUCGAUUUCCAGCUCGAAAAGUGUGGGCUCAAGGCGACUUUAUCUACCAAGACCGAUCUACCCAAGGUCUCGAGAUCCUCGGCCGCUCUGACGGCGUUUUGAACCCGAGCGGCGUCAGGUUUGGCAGCUCCGAAAUCUACAGCGUAGUGGACAAGUUCGAGUUUGUCGGUGACAGCAUUGUCGUGGGCCAACGUAGACCUGGCAAAGACGAACACGAACGCGUUCUGCUCUUCAUCAAGAUGCGCGAUCCUGCCGUGCAACUCGAGCGCUCGCACAUUGCUGAGCUCAACAAAGCCAUAAAAGCAGCGUAUUCCGCACGACACGUUCCGGAACACACAUUCCAGGUGCACGACAUCCCCGUCACGCUGAACGGCAAAAAGACUGAAUUGGCAGUCAAAGCGAUCGUCAACGGCAACGUGGGAUUCAAGCCUUCUAGCGCGACCGCAAAUCCGCAAAGCUUGAAAGAGUAUGCUCAAUACGCUGAUCUCGAAUCGGUCAUUGCCGCUAGAUCUAGCGCUAAGGCAGGUACUGCCAGAGGAGAUGCUAAGCUCUGA